GUGAUGCAGUCGGCAGCAAGGCACUGGAGGCACUCACGGAUGCGCUCGCGGCUCAGUCGAGGGAGGGUGGCUUUGUUCUGCUGUCCCUGCGGACUGCACUCACGCCCGCCGAGAUGUUCCUGUCAACUGUGGGCAAGGUGCCGCUCCGGGUACACUCUCGAGACUCUGUCGAGGCUGCCUUCAGGGAGCGUGGCUUCUGGCUCGUGGGCCUCCGAUCCAACAAUGUGUCUGCGCUCCUGCUGUUCAGGAAGAGGCCGGCCACGCCGGCUGGUGUAGACAAACAGGCAGUGAUCCGGGUUGGAAACGGCGGGCUCGGCUGGGUGGAAGAGAUCAAAGCCAAGGCAACUGAGUACCAGGAGAGGCCGGUGGGCGAGAAUGUCUGGCUGGUGGCUGAGGACGUGGGCACCAGCGGGGUCGUUGGGCUCACCAACUGCCUCAGGCAGGAGACUGGAGGGGACCACAUCAGGUGCGUCUUCAAUGCCAGCCUCAAAGGCGGCGCAAACCCAGUGGCCAACUUCCAGCCAGCCAGCUCGGAGCACAAGGAGCUUGUGGAACGGGACCUGGUCAUGAACGUCUACCGCGACGGAAAGUGGGGCUCCUUCAGGCACACCGUGACGCAGUCACGCGGCGCCCCCCGGCUGUGGACGGAGCAGGCGUUCCUCAACGUGCAGACCCGAGGUGACCUGUCGAGCCUGCAGUGGUACGAGAGCCCCCUGCGGUACCGGCCGGCCUCGGACGACCGGGUCCUGUGCAGCGUCUACUACGCGCCCCUCAACUUCCGCGACAUCAUGCUGGCCACGGGCAAGCUGCCCCCGGAUGCCCUCCCCGGCAACCUGGCGACGUCUGACUGCGUGCUGGGGCUGGAGUUCUCCGGGCGGGACCCCUCGGGGCGCCGGGUGAUGGGCUCGGUGGCGGCGGAGGGCAUGGCGACCGUCGUGGCGGCCGACCCGGGCUUCCUGUGGGAGGUGCCGGCAGACUGGAGUUUGGAGGAGGCGGCGACGGUGCCCGUGGCCUACUCGACGGCCUACUACGCCCUGCUGGUGCGGGGCGCCAUGCAUCCCAAGGAGGCCCUGUUGGUGCACUCGGGCAGCGGGGGCGUCGGCCAGGCCGCCAUCUCCAUCGCCCUCUCCAUGGGCUGCACAGUCUUCACCACCGUCAGUUCCCAGGAGAAACGGGAGUUCCUGAAGCGGCGCUUCCCACAACUCCAGGACCGCAACUUCGCAAACUCUCGGGACCUGUCCUUCGAAGAGCACAUCCUCCGCGAGACCGAGGGCAGGGGGGUAGACCUGGUGCUGAACUCGCUGGCCGAGGAGAAGCUGCAGGCCAGCGUGCGCUGCCUGGCCACCCACGGCCGCUUCCUGGAGAUUGGCAAGUUCGACCUGUCCCAGAACAACGCCCUGGGCAUGGCGGUGUUCCUCAAGAACGUCAGCUUCCACGGCAUCCUGCUGGACGCCCUGUUUGGGGACGACCCCCGGGUGGCGGCGGACAAGCGCCGGGUGGCCCAGCUGGUGCGCGAGGGCAUCGCGUCGGGCGCCGUGCGUCCCCUGGAUGCUGUCCGCUUUGCCCGGGACCACGUCGAGGAUGCCUUCCGCUUCAUGGCCUCCGGCAAGCACAUGGGCAAGGUGGUGCUCGAGGUGCGGCCGGAGGAGCCCCAGCGGCAGGCGGUACCGGCCACUCCCCUCUCGGUGGAUGCCCACACGCGCACCUGCUUCUUCGAGGACAAGAGCUACGUGGUGGCCGGAGGCCUGGGCGGCUUCGGCCUUGAGCUGGCCGACUGGAUGGUGGCCCGGGGCUGCCGCAAGCUACUGCUCACGGCCCGCUCGGGCGUUCGGACGGGCUACCAGCGCCUCUGCCUGCACCGCUGGCGGCUGGCCGGCGCCAAGGUGGCCGUGAGCCGGGCGGACGCGGCCACCGAGGAGGGCGCCAGGGCGCUGCUGCUGGAGGCCGCCGCCCUCGGCCCCGUGGGCGGCAUCUUCAACCUCGCCAUGGUGCUGAGGGACGCUCUGCUGGAGAACCAGACGGCGGAGGCGUUCGAGGCGGUGUGCCGCCCCAAGGUGGCCGGUACCUUACACCUGGAUGCGGCGUCCCGGGAGCUGUGUCCCCAGCUGGACCACUUUGUGACUUUCUCGUCGGUGUCGUGCGGCCGGGGCAACGGGGGCCAGACCAACUACGGCUACGCAAACUCCGUCAUGGAGCGCGUCUGCGAGAGGAGGGUGGCCGACGGACUGCCCGGCCUGGCCAUCCAGUGGGGCGCCAUCGGCGACGUGGGCGUCCUGCGGGAGACGAUGGGGGCGGACGUGGUGGUGGGCGGCACGGUGCCCCAGCGCAUCGGCUCGUGCCUGACGGUGCUGGACCGCUUCCUGCGCCAGGGCCACCCUGUGGUCUCAAGCCUGGUCAAGGCCGAGCUCUCCUCCGGGAAAAAGGGCAAGGACAAGCAGGACCUUGUCUGUCUGGCACACAUCCUCGGUGUGAAAGACCCCUCGAGCCUGAACCCCUCCCUGACCCUGGGGGAACUGGGCAUGGACUCCCUGAUGGGCGUCGAGGUGAAACAGACCAUCGAGAGGGACUACGACCUCAACCUGUCCAUGCAGGAAAUUCGACAGCUCAGCAUCGGCCGGCUCAAGGAGAUUGGCGGAGGGGCCGCGGCCGGAGGUUCCGCUGCACCCCAGGGGGCAGAGGACUCGUCGGUGUCCGAGGUUCCCCGGUUGACGCUCAUCGAGAAGCUGGUGCCGGACCAAGUGGCAGUGGAGAUGAACGGGCGCCCCGGCGGGCUGGUGUUCCUGGUGCAUUCCAUCGAGGGCCACGUGGGGGCCCUCUCCGAGCUGGCCCAGCAGCUGCCCAUGCGGGCCGUCGGGCUGCAGCGCACGCGCGACAUCCCCGCACACAGCAUAGAGGAGCUGGCCGCCAUCUACCUCCAGCGGCUAGUGGAGGUGCAGCCCCAGGGGCCGUACCACAUUGUGGGCUACUCGUUUGGGGCCACGGUGGCCUUUGAGCUGGCGGUGCAGCUGCAGGGGGCGGGGGCCCCCGUGGGCAGCCUGGUGCUCCUCGACGGAGCGCCCCAGUACAUCGGCGUGCACACGGUGCACCACCGCAGCCGCUUCACCGACGCCAACGAGGAGGAGGCCUCCCUCUUCUGCGCCUUCCUCAUGCAGUACCUCGACAUCGACUUCCUCCAGGUGAAGCGGCAGAUGGUGCAGUACCCGACGUGGGAAGCGAAGCAGGAGGCGGCCACGGACCUGCUGCUGGCGGGCAUCCCCGAAGUGCACCCCAGCCGGGAGGACGUAGCCCUGGCCACGAGCGCCUUCUACGACUUCCUCAAGUGCGGCAGCGAAUACACCCCCACGGCCAAGUUCCGGGGGGACGUGACCCUGGUCAAGGCUUCCAGACCCCGCAAGAUGGCCAUGCAGCUGCCCCCCGACUACGGCCUCUCCGAGUGCUGCGAAGGCAAGGUUCACAUCCACGUGGUGGAGGGACUCCACGAAAACUUCACGCUGGGCAAGGGGGCACUGGAGUGUGCCAACUUGGUUGCCCAGCAAGUCGGCACGGCAUAUCUCGGUUCGACGCCGGGCCGGCCUGCUCAUUCCAGAGCGGCGGCAUCCCCAGGGCGCUGCAGCGCAACGUUCCUCGCUGCCGCUUGGCUGUUUUCGUCGUGUUGACCCUCCGGUGCUCCCCCCUCCUUUUGUACAGCAGACAGACAACGCGAACAGCAUUUUCGCCACCACUGUGUAUUUAUGUAUACUCAUAUUGUAUUUUUGUUUAUUGUGUUGCCCCAAUAAAGAGCUAUUGAAUCGCA